UCGCGCACGGGGACGCGCCUGGGGCUGCCUGCUUGCCGCGACCGGGCUGGGCGCGGAGCAUCCUCGGCGUCGGGAGCAACGGGACCGGUCGGAGGGCUCGUCCCGGGACGGCUUCCUUCCAGCGGGGCACUCCGAAGAGCCCGGGCAGGCCCAGCCGCAGCCAAGGGGGCAUGGAGGCCGCCGGGCCGGAGGGGCAGCCGCGCCUGCCGGGCAACGCCGCCUGAAGACGCCCGCGGGGAGAAGCGCAGCCCGGCUCGGUGAGGGGACUUUCCAGCGAAGGCAACAUGGGCACCACUGAAGCCACGCUGAGGAUGGACAACGUGGAGGUCAAGGAAGAGUGGCAGGACGAAGACUUCCCCAGGCCUCUCCCAGAAGAAGCAGGCAUGGAGUCCUUGGGAAGUCCUUCCGGGAACGUGUUGGCUCCUCCAAGCUCCUUACAUUUUAGUAACGGAGCUCACCACAAGAGGAAGACUUUGGUUGCUCCGGAAAUCAACAUUUCUUUGGAUCAGAGCGAAGGUUCCCUCCUGUCCGACGAUUUCCUGGACACGCCGGAUGACCUGGAUAUAAACGUCGAUGACAUUGAAACGCCGGAUGAGACGGAUUCGCUGGAAUUCCUGGGAAAUGGCAACGAGCUGGAAUGGGAAGACGAUACUCCCGUGGCCACAGCCAAAAACAUGCCCGGAGACAGUGCAGACCUAUUUGGAGAUGGAGGCGGGGAAGACGGAGGUGCCCCCAACGGCCGUCUGUGGAGGACGGUCAUAAUUGGGGAACAGGAGCACCGCAUCGACCUGCAGAUGAUCAAGCCGUACAUGAAGGUGGUGACCCAUGGAGGUUACUACGGGGAAGGCCUCAACGCCAUCAUUGUCUUCGCGGCUUGUUACUUGCCGGAUAGCAACCUGCCCGACUACCAUUACAUCAUGGAGAACCUCUUCCUGUACGUGAUCAGUAGUUUGGAGCUGCUGGUCGCCGAAGACUACAUGAUUGUAUAUUUGAACGGCGCCACUCCGCGGAGGAGAAUGCCGGGCAUCGGCUGGUUGAAAAAAUGCUACCAGAUGAUCGACAGACGGUUACGGAAAAAUCUGAAAGCGUUAAUAAUCGUUCACCCUUCCUGGUUCAUUCGGACGGUGCUGGCGAUAUCCCGGCCUUUUAUCAGUGUGAAAUUCAUCAGCAAAAUCCAGUACGUCCACACCUUGGAGGAACUUGCUCAUACGAUUCCCAUGGAGCACGUCCAGAUCCCAGAUUGCAUCCUGCAGUUUGAAGAGGAGCGAAACCAGGCCAGGAAAGAACGGGCGGAAGGAGUGAAACAGGACACGGCUGAGAGAGAGAGGACUGUCUUUCCUUCAGAAGAUCAGGAAACAAGCAUGUCCUGAAUCAGGAUGGAGAGAGGCGGAAGAAACCCUCCACCCGAUAAGAACCACCCAACCCGCCACACGUUCCUUUCCUGGCCUUCCGAUCUUGUCAAGACACCUCAUCUUCGGUCCAUCAGAAGAAGCAUCCCCACUGUUUCUCCAUCCCCAAAGGCGAAGUCAACUAGGGAGACGCCAUCCCACCGCUCGGUUUGCAAAGGAAGGCGUCCGUUCCAGGAAAGGCAUCGAGCACGCUCUGGAUUUCCAGAGAGACUCUAUCGUAAUGUACGAUCUUGGGAGAUCGAUCGCAUCUACUCCCCCCCCAAAAAAAGGAGAUCUGGAUUUUUGCACGGCAAGGCCUUUCCUGCAGUGGCUGCAAGUCAGAAACCAGCAAAGCGAUGCCAACCGUGGAAAGCACGUUUUUCGUACCGGAUCAUCAUAUAAAGAGAUGUUCCCCUGCAUCGAUUUGUCACGAACAGCUUAAGCCUUCUUCUCCUUUCAGAGGUAGUUUGUGUAGGCCUGUUUUAACAAACACGGAACGUCGAUCCCUCCUUACCCCUUGAAUUGUGGGGGGCGGGGGGCUCGUGCUGAGACCACCUGCGGCAGAUAAUGUGAAAAGCAACUUUUGAUCCCAACCUCCCUUUUCAAGGAUUCUCUCUCCCUCCCUCUCUCUCUCUCUCUCUCUCUCUCUCUCUCCAUCCUUAAAUUCCCCCAGAAUUUGAAGAAUGUCCUUCAACCAUCAGCAUCAAAAUAGGGCUUCUGAUUGUUUUUACGAUACUGGACAAUGAUCCUUUCCGAUUGUAUCUGGAUGCGAUAGAAGUUCACACCAAGAUUUCCCAGGACAAGCAAAACAAACAAACAAACAAACAAACAAACAAAAAAACGCAGGAAAGGAAGCAGACUUUAAUCAGCCGGGUCAGAAAAUAAACACGCUUACAAGAUGUAUGUUUUUUCCUGAAGGAAGAAAUCGCAGUUCAGUACUGCUAUAAUUUCCAGCACAAUAAACAAUGAGGACUACCCGGUGGGAAUAAAAACGCCGACAAAGUGAUGCUUGGAACGAUUUAGGAGCUUAAUGAACUAUUAAUAGACUUGGAAACCCCACGGAUCCAUCCCUCCCUUAAAACAAGAUACGAAAAUCUUUUUUUUCCCUUACCUACAUCCACCGGUGGGAUUCAAAUAAUUUAACAACCUGUUCUCUGCCCUAAUGAUUUCUUCCAACCACCAGUUCAUCAAACUGCUCAGAAAGUUAACAACCGGUUCUCCCGAAGUGGUGCGAACUGGCUGAAUCCCACCACUGCUUACAUCUCUUUGGAUGUUACAGGAACUAGGCCUGGCUAGUCUAAUGAAGAGAAGGACCAGGGGAGACAUGAGAUCAGUCUUCCAAUAUUUGAGGGGCUGCCCCAGAGAGGAGGAAGGGGGUCAAGCUGUUUUCCAAAGCACCCGAAGGCCAGACAAGGAAGGAUGGAUGGAAACUGAUCAAGGAGAGAUUCAACCUGGAAAUAAGGAGGAAUUUCCUGACGGUGAGAACAAUCAAUCAAUGAAUUGCCUUCAGAAGUUAUGGGAGCUUCAUCCCUUGAGGCUUUCAAGGAGAGACUGGACUGCCAUCUGUCAGAAAUGGUGUAGGGUCUCCUGCUUGGGCGGGGGCGGGCGGGCGGUUGGACUAGAUGACCUACAAGAUCCCUUGUAUAAUAAUAAUCGAAACAUUAUUGCAAUCCGCAAAGUUAUAAAAAAUGGAACUUGGGCAAAGAAAAGUGAACAGCAGAAGCCAACCAAAGGAGAAUUCACUUGUUGGCGUGUCGCAAACAGGAAAGUAGCAUCUCUAUUGGAAGACCAUCCUCCAUGCUGGUCCGUUCAGGUGCAAUCAUUGAAGAGAGAGAGAGAGAGAAAGAGAGAGAGAGGAAAGGAGAGAGAGAGAGUGGGGAAAGAGAAAGAAUGAGAGAGGGAGAAUGAGACAGAAAGAGAGAGAAGGAGAGACUAAGAGGGAGAGAGAGAAGGAGAGAGAGUGGGGUGAAAGAGAGAGGGAGAGAGAGAAGGACAGAACGAGAGAAAGAAAGAGAGAAUUAGAGAAAGAGAGAGAAAGAAAGAAAGGCUUCACAAUCUACUGUAAACAUUUUCAAAGUUGCUUUUUCUUUUAAUGUGUUGUAAAUAAGCAGCAAAACAACAGUGAAGACAAAUUUGGAACUCUUACAAUGUCGCUUGGACAAAUGGCAAAAGGAGACCGACAAUUUCCGAAGCGGUUGUAGGUCGCUGUUCUGUUUUAGCCAGGACUGCUUCAUCCGUCUGAAAAGGACCGGCUUUUUGGGAAUGGGGGAUACAGAGAAAAGGGGCUUUCCUAGCUCGCUGACAUCCACAAGGUGGGAAAUGCCAGGGAUUAUAAAUUAGGACUUGGUACGUGUAAAGCUGUGCCGCGGAGCUUCACAAAACCACGCAAAAGAUGUACCACGGCAACCCAGCUUGGAAACCCAGCCCUGCAGAAGCAUCUAAAAGGAACUUGCCAUUCUUCCAUUUUUAAUCAUUUUACAGGAUGUUUUGCCUGCCUUCUGUGCAUGCGACUUGCGGUCCGUUUAGUGUUUGAAAGCACGGGAGGGCCUUGGAAUUGCUGGGAUUGGGGAAAAAGAUUGGAAAGGAUUAGCAAUCCGCAGCCUUCCAGAUGUUGAGCUGCGUCUCCCAUCAAAACCCUGUUAUUAGCCACCCUGGCUGGAGUUGACGCGCUUUGCUGGUCCGACAUUCACUGGGGUGAAGGCUUACGGCCCUCCCAUCCUUCUCGCUGAGCUGGGAAGAAAAUAACAACGGACCCAGUAGAUGUCUUCUAAUGCAGGGAUCUCCAACUUUGGUCCCUUUAUGUUGUGACUCCAGCCCCCGAACCUGGCCCCAUGCCCGAAAGUGACUCCGAGAGUGAGGGGGAAGGGCCGGUAAGGCUUACCUCGGGAGCACUGAUGCCUUUGGCCCGGCUCCAGGAGCCAGAACCAGACCAGUCGGAGGACGUAAUGAGGCCGUCAUCCCCUGAUUCCUCCCUUCCUCAGGCUAUGCCUUCAGACCCAGCUGAUAAUAAUAAUAAUCAAGCUUGGAUUGACCUGCACUUCAGAUUAGAGAGGCAUCAUCAUCAAAGAGAAGGGUGGGGCAGGAGCCCUACCCCACAGGAUAUAUAAGGAGCUUUGGGACUGCUCUCAUUCCACGGGAAGCAAAAAUUAGCUGAAUCGUUUCAAAGAGAGCUGAAAGUCUUGCUACGUGAGUCAUUUGUUUGAACUUUGGCAGGCAGCUGCGAUUGCUCUGCCAGGACUGAUAAGAGCCGUGAAUCCACUGGCUGAAGGCCAGCUCGUUGCUCUGAAGUGGGGAAGGAGACAAGAACACUUUAAGACUUGUGGACUUCAACUCCCAGAGUCCCUCAGCCAGCUAAGCAAAGUUCACAAGUCUUAAAGGGACCAAGGUUGGAGACCCCUGUUCUAGUGCUACCUCUGAGAAUUAAAAAUUGUUUGUCUGCAAUUACCUGUCUUUUACUAACCGUUCGUAUAUUCAUACAAACAGUUAGUAAAAGACAUGUAAUUGCAGACAAACAACUGUGGUAGAUCACGCACACCGAAUGCAAGUGCUUAAAAAUUCAACAACGGACUUAAAAGAGUUGCAGCUUGAUCAAAAACAACAACAACAACAACAACAACAGAGAAAGUGAAGUGGGUGGAUUUCCCAGUGCAAAACUCUGCUUGUUUGGAUUCGGGCUAGUAAAUAGUGCCAAUUUACACCACUUGUAGGGAUCCGCCGAUUUAAGGCCCGCAGGAACUUUUAACGAAAUCAGAAAAAGGAUUUUAGAAAUCCACUCCGCCAAGUGUGAACCUUGCCUUGCUUCAGUUCAACAUGGUUGCGUUGCUUCAUUUCCAGAUCUCAUCGCAAAAUACCUGUGGAUAGAUCCCAAAGAGAUCGGGUCUGAUCAGAAAGUGGA